AUGGGGCAGGACGCUUCCGAAAAUAAAAAUCUUCCCUUCGGUGUUGAGUAUGCGCGCUCGUCGCGAUCAGCUUGCAAGGGUUGCAAAAACACCAUUCAACAGAACACCCUGCGUAUGUCUGUUCGUGAGCCAAGUCGUUUUUUUGAUGGUCUCCAGGAUAACUGGUUCCAUUUCUCGUGUUUUUGGAAGAGAAUUGUGCCGGGAAAAGUGGAAAUAAAUGAGAAAUCAAUUAGAGGUAUCGAUGCUAUUCGUUGGGAUGACCAGGAGAAAAUCCGCGAAAAAAUUGGCGGUGUAAUAAGUGGUGAUCUUCCUGAGGCGAAAUCGUUCUCGGCGUUGAAGGUGGAGUAUGCAAAAUCGAGUAGAGGGAAAUGUUCCAAAUGCAAGCUGGCCAUAGCACAGAAAGAGAUGAAAUUCGCUAAACACAUGACCUGGUAUCAUCAGCAGUGUUUGUUUGUCGAUGUAAAAUUCGACGGGGCAGUAGAAGACAUUGAAGGUUUCUGUUACUUGACAGAUGAGGAUAAACAAAUUUUGCAAGAUACACUCAAGGAAUUUCAACAAGAAGAAGAAGAGCCUGCAGACAAAGGGAAGAAGAAUGGAAAGAAAGGUUCAAGGAAACGUACGUCUACUAAAACUGAAAAGAACGAAGAUGAAGUUCCAGCCAAGAAGUCCCGGGACAGCGCGGAGGAUGCUUCAAAUAAGGAGGCGCUUAAGAAGCAAACUGACAUAAUGUGGAAAUUACGUGAAGCCCUAAAACAGAACACAACGAAAUACGAAAGGGCAGAACUGCUUCAAUCAAAUGAGCAGCAGAUCCCAUCGGGCGAGAACAAUGUUCUUGAACUUCUUGUUGACUGUGCGGUUUUCGGCUGCUGUGCACCCUGUCCAAAAUGUGGUGGUCAUCUUAAGUUCAGUUCAUCGUUGAGGACCUACGAGUGUACUGGUCACCUCUCUGAGUAUACAAAAUGUACGUACACAAACGAAAAUCCAAAUCGAAACAAGUUCGUCAUCCCUAAAGAAAUGAAGGAGAAUAAGUAUCUUAAGACUAUGAAAGUGAAUUUACUACCAAGGCGCACAUACAAUGAGACGUUGGCCAAAGAAGCUGUGGUCAGUCAUGCUGAAAUCUUCAAGAACCUGGGAUGUCGAGGCGACAAAAUCUCUACUGAAGAAAGCGAUGAAAAGGGUUUAGGAGUUAGCAAAGGAUCGUCCAGAGUGAUUGUGAAGAAUGGCGCCGUUGUCGAUCAAGAAUGUGAACAUGCAGAAUUUUCUCACGUCCACCGGGAUAAGAAAGGUCAGCUAUAUUCUGCUGUUCUUGGAUAUGCUGAUACGCAAACAAACAGAAAUUCCUACUACAAAAUUCAAUUACUUAAACAUGACACUAAGCCCCUUUUUUAUCUCUUCCGGUCUUGGGGUCGAGUUGGAACGUCUGUCGGUGGCACAAAAACUGAAGACAUACAUUCUGAGGAACAUGCCAUCAGUGCAUUUGAGCACCUUUUCUUGGAAAAAACGGGAAACGCGUGGAAACAAAAAAAGAAAUUCACCAAAAGAGCUGGACUUAUGGAUCUGAUCGAGACUGACUUCACAGAACUUGAAGGCGUGAAAACAUCCGACAUCACUCCAGGUUCAAGAACAAAACUCGACAAAGCGAUCAAGGAAGUCAUCCUUAUGAUCUUCGACAUUCAGCAACUCCAGAAGACAAUGCUUGACUUCAAAAUCGAUCUUGACAAAAUGCCUCUUGGAAAACUUUCAAAAAAGCAAAUAAUGAGCGCCUAUUCGGUGCUCACCGAACUGCAGCAGAUGAUGUCAAGAAAAGCUGAUCCGGACAGAAUUCUUGACGCCUCUAAUCGUUUCUACACUCUAAUCCCGCACAAUUUUGGAAUGAAUUCACCUCCUCUUCUGAACACUGAGGAACUUAUUAAGGAAAAAUGUGGGAUGUUAGAUUCUUUGCUGGAGAUUCAAGUAGCAUACGAAGUGAUCAAAGACGAACACUCAAACACAGACACUGAGCGUGAUCCUGUUGACAUUCACUAUGAAAGGCUGAAGUGCAAAAUGGAGACAGUCAGUCCAAAAUCCUCAGAAUUCAACACAAUUAAGACUUAUCUGGCGAAUACUCAUGGAAAAACGCAUAAUUGGUACAAUCUGGAACUUGUUGACUUGAUCCGGGUUGAAAGGGAGGGAGAAAAGAAAAAGUUCAAAGCCCACGUUGGCAAUCGCCGACUUCUGUGGCAUGGAUCUAGGACGACGAAUUUUGGCGGGAUCCUCUCACAGGGCUUACGUAUUGCUCCUCCGGAAGCACCGGUGACUGGUUAUAUGUUCGGCAAAGGUGUGUAUUUUGCUGACAUGGUUUCCAAGUCGGCUAACUAUUGUUGGGCUGGUGUGGGCGAUGAUGCCCUGAUGUUGUUGUGUGACGUAGCCCUUGGGAAAGUUAAACCGGAGGUCAAUGCCACUAUGCAUUCACUAAAUACCAUUAAAGGAUACGAUAGUGUUCAAGGGAUUGGACAAACUGAACCAAAUCCGAAUAAACUGAUAAAGACGUUGGACGGCAGCAACAUCCACAUGGGAAAUCCUGUGGAUACCAACAAAAACUGCUCCCUUCUUUACAAUGAGUUCAUUGUUUAUGAUGUUGAUCAAAUUCUGAUGAGAUACUUGCUUCGUGUGCGAUUCAACGAGAUCCGAUGA